CCCUUCUCCGACCCCGCUCCAGGUCUUGCCCGAACUUCAGGGCUUCAGAACUCCUCCACCGUCCCGUGGAGAGACAGCCCUUCUACCUGACGCAUGCCCUACCCGGGAAGAACCAAUCGAAGACUAUCCCACCCAGGGACCCCCCUUUUUUUUCUGGGACCCAGCGUUUCCGCCUCCGGGGCGCAGACUCCUCCCCCUAACCGUCCCAAUUGUAAUCCCUGGAAGAGCAGCCGGAAAAGCCUCCGCCUUCUCAGACCGGGAUAGACGAGAAGCUGCUUUCUCCUCGCAGCCGGCUCCCUGAGCCCCAGGAACCGCCGCGGCGGUCGGCACCACCUGGGCCCAGCUCCAGGCGGGCGCGGCUUCAGCACCACGGACAGCGCCCCGCCCGCGGCCCUCCUGCCCGCGGCGCGCUCCAGCCAGUGUAAGCGAGGCAGAGAGCUAUGCCCGCGGCAUGGCCCGGCGCUGCGGCCCCGUGGCACUGCUCCUCGGCUUCGGCCUCCUCCAACUGUGCUCAGGGGUGUGGGGUACUGACACAGAGGAGCGGCUGGUGGAGCAUCUCCUUGAUCCUUCCCGCUACAACAAGCUUAUCCGCCCAGCCACCAAUGGCUCUGAGCUGGUGACAGUACAGCUCAUGGUGUCACUGGCCCAGCUCAUCAGUGUGCAUGAGCGGGAGCAGAUCAUGACCACCAAUGUCUGGCUGACCCAGGAGUGGGAAGAUUAUCGCCUCACCUGGAAGCCUGAGGAGUUUGACAAUAUGAAGAAAGUUCGGCUCCCUUCCAAACACAUCUGGCUCCCAGAUGUGGUCCUGUACAACAAUGCUGAUGGCAUGUACGAGGUGUCCUUCUAUUCCAAUGCCGUGGUCUCCUAUGACGGCAGCAUCUUCUGGCUGCCGCCUGCCAUCUACAAGAGCGCAUGCAAGAUUGAAGUAAAGCACUUCCCAUUUGACCAGCAGAACUGCACCAUGAAGUUCCGUUCGUGGACCUAUGACCGCACGGAGAUCGACCUCGUGCUCAAGAGUGAUGUGGCCAGCCUGGACGACUUCACGCCUAGUGGUGAGUGGGACAUCGUGGCGCUGCCGGGCCGGCGCAACGAGAACCCAGACGACUCCACGUAUGUGGACAUCACGUAUGACUUCAUCAUUCGCCGCAAGCCACUCUUCUACACCAUCAACCUCAUCAUCCCCUGCGUGCUCAUCACCUCGCUGGCCAUCCUCGUCUUCUACCUGCCGUCCGACUGCGGCGAGAAGAUGACGCUGUGCAUCUCCGUGCUGCUGGCGCUCACCGUCUUCCUGCUGCUCAUCUCCAAGAUCGUGCCGCCCACCUCCCUCGACGUGCCGCUCGUCGGCAAGUACCUCAUGUUCACCAUGGUGCUUGUCACCUUCUCCAUCGUCACCAGCGUGUGCGUGCUCAACGUGCACCACCGCUCGCCCACCACGCACACCAUGGCGCCCUGGGUGAAGGUCGUCUUCCUGGAGAAGCUGCCCGCGCUGCUCUUCAUGCAGCAGCCGCGCCACCAUUGCGCCCGCCAGCGCCUGCGCCUGCGGCGACGCCAGCGUGAGCGCGAGGGCGCCGGAGCCCUCUUCUUCCGCGAAGCCCCCGGGGCCGACUCCUGCACAUGCUUCGUCAACCGCGCGUCGGUGCAGGGCUUGGCCGGGGCCUUUGGGGCUGAGCCUGCACUGGUAGGGGGCCCGGGGCGCUCCGGAGGGCCGUGUGGCUGCGGCCUCCAGGAGGCGGUGGACGGCGUGCGCUUCAUCGCGGACCACAUGCGGAGCGAGGACAACGACCAGAGCGUGAGUGAGGACUGGAAGUAUGUCGCCAUGGUGAUCGACCGCCUCUUCCUCUGGAUCUUUGUCUUUGUCUGUGUCUUUGGCACCAUUGGCAUGUUCCUGCAGCCUCUCUUCCAGAACUACACCAGCACCACCUUCCUCCACUCAGACCACUCAGCUCCCAGCUCCAAGUGAGGCCUUCCUCGUCUCCGUGCCCCCUCACCCCGCCACGCUCAGUUGCACAGUGGGGUUGGGUGGAGGACGGACGAGUGAGCUACCAGGAAGAGGGGCGCUGCCCCCACAGAUCCAUCCUUCUGCUUCAUCUGGAGCCCCUCCUCCCCCACACCUCCAUCCACACACAGCAGCUCCAACCUGGAGGCUGGGACCAGCUGCUUUCUGUUUUGGCUGCUCUCUCUUCUUGUACCAGCCCAGGCAACAGUGUUGAUGGGGGAACAUGCCUGCUGAGAAGCGGAAGACAGAGAUGGCACAGCCAUCCAGCCUGAGGAGUGAUGGGCAAGGGGCCAGGAAGGGGCCAGGAUCGUCUGCUGCCUCCAAGUCUUGGGAGAAGAGCAGUAUAGGAUGAGGGGUGACGAGCAGGCGCUCAGACCGCACCAGGCUGGCCUGACACGAUGGUGGCUUGGAAGGGAGGGGAAGAGGAGAUAGGCCCCCAUGUGACCUGACACCUACUGCUGCUUGAGUGGACAGCAGCUGGACUGAGUGGGCCCCACAGCAGUUCAGGAAGCCUUCAGCGGUUCCUGCCUAGUGAGUUUAGCCUGGCCCCGCAGUCACAGACCCCUGGGGGAGGCUUCCAGCUCAAUCCCACAGCCCCUUGCUUCUAAGGGGUCCAGAGAACUUCCCCAGAUCCUCUUUACCCACUGGAAAAUUCUGUACCUUCUAGACUUGCCUCUCCUUUCUUCUUAGGCUCAAGGUGUGUUGGGUAAGGCUGAGUAUUAGGGGAGCUUCUGAGUUCUGAAUCUUUGAGUGACCUGCUUGGAGUCUCAGGUCCAAAUACUUGAACUCUGUGUGAAGUGCAAAUUCAUGGGCUUUUGGAACUGGAAGAACUUUGUACAGCCAUGGAUUCCAAAAUGAGCCAUGUUGGAGAUGAAGAAACAGACCCACACGGUGAGACAAGCCCAGGUGGGUCCCUGGCCCUUCCUCCCUGCUCUGAGAUCCAUCUGUCCAGUGCUCUGUUUUUUCCCCACUUUGAACUGACUGGUUACUCGAAGGAAAUGAACGAAGGAUGUUAGCUUUAAGCCGAUCCAGCCUUUGACCAUAGCAGAGGUGAGGCGAACGGCUGGAGCUCUGCUACAUCUGGGCCGUUCCACCCUGUCCUGUCUGUGGCUCCAUCCUUCUGGCUGUCACCCUUCCUCUUCCCCCUCGCAACCAAACCUGAGCAGCUUUGAAGCAGAACCUGGAAAGGACAGGUCUGCUGCUGCCAGUGACUCCUCAGAAAGCACAGCCUCAGCUUCCUGUCCCAUGUGUCCCUGGAAGCUGUACCCUGACUCUGCUCCCAGAGGCCAGCUGGAGGCCACUUGGCAGGAUAGCCCAGGGAACAGACCUCUUAAGGGAUCUCCUGUUUGCUUGUGGUACCAGCCUGGGCUCAAUGCUGGGCCAGCAGAUGGUGGGUUACAGAGGGGUCAGCCUGCCAAGUGCACCUGAGGGGCCUGACCUGACACAAGCCAUUUUGUCCCUAGAUCCCAGCUGGGACUCCUGCUCCUCUAGGCAUGGCAGAGGUGGAGGAGACAGCACAGGCACAGAGUACAGGACAGGGACCCCAGAGUCUGGAUUCAAGUCCCGGCUCUGCUAGUAACUCACCUGAGCCAGCUUGAGCAAGUCCCUUCACCUUGCUGAGCUUCCUUGCCUGUGAAACGUGGGUGGUAAUGCCCCCUUCGUGAGGUUGCUGUGAGCACAAGGCAGUGCCUGUGAAAAGCCCAGCGCCGUACCUGCUGCAGAGUAGAUGCUUCACGAAUGCUGAGUCUGAGAGGCACUGGAGCUGGUGAGAAUGGGGUCGCCUGACUGUCAUGCCAGCCUCCCUUCCAGGCCCACUCUUCCCCUCUCUUCCCUGAGGAAAGCAAGCCUCCCUUAUCAGGAAGAACUGGGGGAGCUGAGAGGAACAUUACAGGGGACGCCCGAGGGAAUCCCCUGGGUGGGCAGGCUUCUCUCUGGAGCCCCCUCGGCAGUUUUAUUCCAUUCCUGGGCUGAAUCCUUACCCUGGCCCGACCUCCCUUCUGGGAGGUCGCCUUCUGGGUCAGCACCUCCGGACACAGAGCCUCCCUAUGUGCUCAGGGACCCCGGGCUCUAGUCAGUUACUGGCUGUGGAAGGACAUCAUUGCGACAGGAAGCCAGCAGCUGCAGGAGACAGGCCUCAGCGCAUUUCCCCUUCUGCCAGGAUGGGCUCACGGACAUCUUUUCUUGGUAGCAGGGAGAGUGUCUGCACCAUGGAAACUUCCCCUCUUCUAGAGCAGAUUGGAAGUUGCCUGUAUUAUGCCUGAACCCUCCUCAAACCCAUGGUCCUGGAGAAAGCGUCUUGGAACCAGAAACAGCAACAGGAAAGGAGCCUCCCUCUGAAGGGUAGGAUGUCGCCUGAGGCCCUCCCUCUUGGCUCUCCCAGGGCCUGGGCUACCCGGAGGCCCCAGCAGCCGCUGCUGUGGCUGCACUUGCUUUUAAUAUUUCCCAUACGUGGCUGUUGUCCAAGUUAAGUCACUAAAUGGUGCUGGGGCGAUGGCAGAGAGCAGCUUGUCCAGCUCCUCAAUGACCUGGUUAACAUACAAGGAGACUGAGGCCUGGAGGUUGUCUGCUGUUUGAACUCUUAUAAGAACUGGCUGUCCUGCAUCUACACAAUGAAGAUGACAGACCUAGCUGAGAUCUUCAGUAAGAAAGGGUCAAUGUACACGAAAGGGUUACCUGGGCAGUGUCAUACCUUCCAUCUCUGUAUGCAGCCCUUUGGGGACCAUCACAGUAAGAAGUGAGGGCAGAGGUGAAGGAAAGGGGGCUCCACUGCCCAGGCAAGGUGUUACCACGUGUUGAGACAGUGUGAACCCUCAAGUGCUUUGGGGGAACCACAGUCUCUUCCACUCUUGGGUCCUGCAUUCUCAGGGAAGCUCCCAUGCCUCCUUUCCGUGGUGGGGCUGUAUCUGCUGUAUCUGCAGAGAAUUGGGUGCCCAGCAUUGAGCAAGGACUGGAGGAAGCUCCAGGUCUGGAGGAGGAGGCAGAGAGACUGGGUGGAAACCUGCAGCAAGGGUGUGGGAGUGGGAAGUGAGGAAACGAUGGGGUCAUCUCCGUCACAGACGGCAAGGCCACAGGUGAUCUGAGAACUAUUUUUGUCUGAAAAGAAGGCAUGCACAGGCUCUCUGCUUUUGACAGGCGGUGUUGCAGUGGGAGGAAGGCAGCUUCCUGGCAGCGAGGUACAAAUACUAGAACAGCUGGUACCAAGUUAUUGAAAAUGCAAGAGCAAACAAGACACAGCAGCCCCAGGUGGUGUGUUCUGCCGAGGAAGGCUACGGCAGAGGAAGGGCAAGCCCAUUUCCUAAUGGUCCUGAAGCCGGCGGAAGAGGAAACAGGGAGGGCUCUUUGGGUGAUGUGGCGGCCUUGGGCUGUCUGUAUCCCAGUGUUAGCUUCCGUUACUAAGGGUCUGCCCCGCGCCAGGUCCUCAGCAUGCGCUCUUUAUUCCUCACGAUAAUCCUAGGGGAAGGGGCCUCCAUUUACACAACAGAAAUGCAGCUCAGAGAGACCAAAUGACAGCUCGUGAGUAGUGCUGGGC